AUGGAGUUCGCGAUGGUCGGCGCGGACAGCCACCUGCCCUACGGCUACGCCCAGGCCCGUGCUCGUGAGAGAGAGCGCGAGCGGGAGCGUCAGUCGCGUGCGGCAGCGGCGGCUCAGGCCGCGGCUUCUGAAGGCGGCCCCUCGAGCGGUGGAGGCGGUGAAGGAUCUGCCGCUGCCGCUUCCGCCUCCUCUGCCGCGUCCUCCUCCGCGGGCGCGCAUCACCUUAACAACCGCCAACAUCGCACCGCCUCCUCCGCGCGCCCCUCCUCUUCAGAGCUGCACAGAGCGGGAAGGAAACAGCGCGGCAGCGGCGGCACGGGGCGCUGGAGACUUGGAGGAGACCUGCGGCACUCAGAACUGGCGCUGCUCGGGUCCGAGGAGGACGUCAUGAUCCAAGAGGAGGAGGAGGAGGAGGGGGAGGGCGAGGAAGAGGGAGAGGAGGGAGAAGAGGAGGACCGGGAGCCCGAGGAGGACCGCAGCAGCAGGAGAAGACUCCGGAGCUUUGUGUGCAACAUGGAAGACGAGGAGGACAGCGUGUCGGACCGGAGACCACAGUCCGGGUACGAGAGCGUGUACGGGGACUGCGGCUGCUGCUGCGAGCGCGUGGUCAUCAACGUGUCUGGCCUCAGGUUCGAGACUCAGCUCAAAACUCUGACCCAGUUCCCCGACACUCUCCUGGGAGACCCGGACAAACGGAUCCGGUACUUUGACCCACUGAGGAACGAGUACUUUUUUGACAGGAAUAGACCCAGCUUUGACGCCAUUCUCUAUUAUUAUCAGUCAGGAGGACGCUUAAAAAGACCGGUCAAUGUCCCGUUUGACAUCUUCUCCGAGGAGGUCAAGUUCUAUGAGCUGGGAGAGGAGGCUAUUAUGAAGUUUCGGGAAGAUGAAGGUUUUGUGAAAGAGGAGGAGAAGCCGCUGCCGGAGGACGAGUUUAAGCGGCAGGUCUGGCUCCUGUUCGAGUACCCGGAGAGCUCCAGUCCGGCCCGGGGCAUCGCCGUGGUGUCCGUGCUGGUGAUCGUCAUCUCUAUAGUCAUAUUCUGUUUGGAAACUUUGCCGGAGUUCAGGGACGAGAAAGAAUACCUCCAGCCGCGCGCGAACUCUUCCCAGCCCGACCCCGGGUUCACCCCCUUCAACGACCCCUUCUUCAUCGUGGAGACCGUGUGCAUCAUCUGGUUCUCCUUUGAGAUCAUCGUGCGCUUUUUUGCGAGUCCCAGCAAACCGGCAUUCUUCAAAAACAUCAUGAACUCCAUAGACAUAGUGUCCAUUUUGCCUUAUUUUAUCACGCUUGGCACGGACCUUGCGCAGCACCAAGGUAACGGACAGCAGGCUAUGAGUUUCGCGAUUUUGAGAAUAAUCAGGCUCGUUCGCGUUUUCAGGAUUUUCAAACUGUCCCGGCACUCAAAGGGUCUCCAAAUCCUGGGACACACUUUACGCGCGAGCAUGAGAGAACUGGCACUGCUCAUUUUUUUCCUGGUCAUUGGAGUCAUCCUCUUCUCCAGCGCGGUUUAUUUCGCAGAAGCGGACGAGCCCACGUCACAAUUCACGAGCAUCCCUGACGCCUUUUGGUGGGCUGUUGUUACCAUGACAACGGUGGGGUACGGCGACAUGAAGCCCAUCACUGUCGGGGGGAAGAUAGUGGGCUCUCUCUGCGCCAUAGCUGGAGUGUUAACCAUCGCGUUACCGGUGCCAGUCAUCGUCUCCAACUUUAACUACUUCUACCACCGAGAAACCGACAACGAGGACCAGUCGCCCGUGGUGGAGAGCAUGCCCCCGGGGUGUCCCUACUUCCCGGAUUUUCUGCGGAAGUUUAAGGGCUCUCCCUCGGGCUCGUCUUUAGGGGACAAAGCGGAGUAUAUGGAGAUGGAGGAGGGCGUCACGGAGUCGCUGUGUGGCCUGGACAAGAGCCCCAGUAAAGGCAACGGCACGGACAUCAGCAGGAAAAACAGCACCAUCUCCAAAUCUAUUCAGACUGACGUGUGA